AUGGGUUUUUAUCAGAAUUCCGCUCACACUCACACCAACUGCUCCGUCAUCAUCGGAAAGAUAAAGCAAGGAACGCUGGAUGCCCGGGGGGCGUCCGCGGGGACACGACAGCUACAGCAGGACGCAAGGAAGCUUCCUCCAAAGGAGGGACAUGUCAGUGGAAGUGAAAAUCACCAGGCAGGGCGGGCAGGCACCCCGAGUCCCGGCCCCGGCCCCCCACCCCCGGCGGCCGCGGGGGGCUGCCCCUGUUACCGUCACGUGGCCGCGCGCCCGGCGGCCAAUGGGCGCGCUCCGCCGCCUGCGCGCCCCGCCUCGGCCCGCUGCGCCCCGACUUCGCGCUCGGCCCCGGAGCAGCCGGAAAAGUUUCUCUCGCGGCCGGAGCGUCGGGGCGCCGCGGCGGCGAGGGACGCCUGCGUGGGGAGCCCGGGACCGAGCCCGCGGCGAGGAGCGCGGGGCCGAGCGGGGAGCGAGCGCCGGCCGAGCCCCGCCGAGGCCCGGGGCGAUGGGCACCCCGAGGCUGGGCGCCCGGGGCUGGGCGCGCUGGGGCUGCUGCUGUGCGCGCUGCUGGGGCGCGCGGGCCCCGCCGAGGCCAGUCCCCGCGGGGCGCCGGGGCAGCGGUCCUGGGGCGCCGCCGCGGCCCGCCCGUGCCCCGCGCCCUGCCGCUGCGCCGGGGACCUGCUGGACUGCGGGCGCCGGCGGCUGCUGCGCCUCCCCGAGCCGCUCCCGCCCGGGGCCGCCCGGCUAGACUUAAGUCACAACAGAUUGUCUUUUAUCAAGGCAGAUGCCAUGAGCCAUCUUCAAAGUCUUCGCGAAGUGAAACUGAACAAUAAUGAAUUAGAGACUAUUCCAAACCUGGGGCCAGUCGCAGCAAAUAUUACACAUCUUUCCUUAGCUGGAAACAGGAUUGCUGAAAUAUUACCUGAACAUCUGAAACAAUUUCAGUCCCUUGAAACUUUGGACCUGAGCAGCAAUAAUAUUUCAGAGCUGAAAACUGCAUUUCCGCCUCUACAGCUAAAGUAUCUGUAUAUCAAUAGCAACAGGGUCACCUGGAUGGAACCUGGGUAUUUUGACAAUUUGGCCAACACACUCCUGGUCUUGAAGCUGAACAGGAACCGGAUCUCAGCCAUCCCGCCCAAGAUGUUCAAACUGCCCCAGCUGCAGCACCUUGAACUGAACCGAAAUAAGAUUAAAAACGUGGACGGGCUCACGUUCCAAGGGCUUGGUGCUCUGAAGUCUCUGAAAAUGCAAAGGAACGGAGUGACGAAGCUUAUGGAUGGCGCUUUUUGGGGACUGAGCAACAUGGAAGUCUUACAGCUGGACCAUAACAACCUCACAGAGAUCACCAAGGGCUGGCUGUACGGGUUGCUGAUGCUGCAGGAACUUCACCUCAGCCAAAAUGCCAUCAACAGGAUCAGCCCCGAUGCCUGGGAGUUCUGCCAGAAACUCAGUGAGCUCGACCUCGCUUUCAAUCACUUGUCGAGGCUGGAUGACUCCAGCUUCCUGGGCCUCAGCCUGCUGGAUACGCUGCACAUCGGGAAUAACAGAGUCAGCUACAUUGCUGAUUGUGCCUUCCGGGGACUUUCCAGGUUAAAGACUUUGGAUCUGAAGAACAAUGAAAUUUCCUGGACUAUUGAGGACAUGAAUGGGGCUUUCUCUGGGCUCGACAAACUCAGGCGGCUAAUACUCCAGGGAAACCGGAUCCGAUCUAUUACCAAAAAGGCCUUCACUGGUUUGGAUGCGUUGGAACAUCUGGACCUGAGUGACAACGCCAUCAUGUCCUUGCAAGGCAACGCCUUCUCGCAGAUGAAGAAACUCCAGCAGCUGCAUUUAAAUACAUCCAGCCUUUUGUGUGAUUGCCAGCUGAAAUGGCUCCCGCAGUGGGUGGUGGAAAACAACUUUCAGAGCUUUGUCAAUGCUAGUUGUGCCCAUCCUCAGCUGCUGAAAGGAAGAAGCAUUUUUGCUGUUAACCCAGAUGGCUUUGUGUGCGAUGAUUUUCCUAAGCCCCAGAUCACGGUUCAGCCAGAAACACAGUCGGCAAUAAAAGGCUCCAAUUUGAGUUUUAUCUGCUCGGCCGCUAGCAGCAGCGAUUCCCCGAUGACUUUUGCUUGGAAAAAAGACAAUGAAUUGUUGCAUGAUGCGGAAAUGGAGAACUACGCGCACCUGCGGGCCCAGGGGGGCGAGGUGAUGGAGUACACCACCAUCCUCCGCCUGCGCAGCGUGGGCUUCGCCAGCGAAGGGAAGUACCAGUGCGUCAUCUCCAACCACUUCGGCUCAUCCUACUCCGUCAAAGCCAAGCUGACCGUGAACAUGCUUCCGUCCUUCACCAAGACCCCCAUGGACCUGACCAUCCGCGCGGGGGCCAUGGCCCGCCUGGAGUGCGCCGCGCUGGGCCACCCGGCCCCGCAGAUAGCCUGGCAGAAGGACGGGGGCACGGACUUCCCUGCGGCCCGGGAGCGGCGCAUGCACGUGAUGCCCGAGGACGACGUCUUCUUCAUCGUGGACGUGAAGAUAGAGGACAUCGGGGUUUACAGCUGCACGGCGCAGAACAGCGCGGGGAGCAUUUCUGCAAAUGCAACCCUGACUGUCCUAGAGACACCGUCCUUCCUGCGGCCCCUGCUGGACCGCACCGUCACCAAGGGGGAGACGGCCGUCCUGCAGUGCAUCGCGGGGGGCAGCCCCCCGCCCAGGCUGAACUGGACCAAGGACGACAGCCCGCUGCUGGUCACCGAGAGGCACUUCUUCGCCGCGGGCAACCAGCUUCUGAUCAUCGUGGACUCAGACGUGGGCGACGCGGGGCGGUACACCUGCGAGAUGUCCAACACGGUGGGCACCGAGCGCGGCCACGUGCACCUCAGCGUCAUCCCCAGCCCCACCUGCGACGCCCCGCAGGUGCCGGCCAGUGCGCUGGGCGACGACGGCUGGGCCACCGUGGGCGUGGUCAUCAUCGCCGUGGUCUGCUGCGUGGUGGGCACGUCCCUCGUGUGGGUGGUCAUCAUCUACCACACGCGGCGGCGCGGCGAGGACUGCAGCGUCACCAACACCGAUGAGACCAACUUGCCGGCGGAUAUCCCCAGCUACUUGUCAUCCCAGGGCACGCUGGCGGACAGACAGGAGGGGUACAUCUCCUCCGAGAGUGGGAGCCACCACCAGUUUGUCACGUCUUCAGGGGGUGGAUUUUUCUUAUCACAACACGACAGUAAUGGGCCCUGCCACGUGGACAGCAGCAGUGAGCCGGACGUGGAAGCGGCCCCGGAUCCGUUCCUCUGCCCCUUCUUGGGCGCCCCGGGCCCCGCGUACUUGAAGGGGAGCGUCUACGGCCCAGACCCCUUUGACGCCUACCACCCAGGCUGCAGUUCCGACCCGAGAGCAGCGUGGAUGGACCACCACGAGCCCGGCUGCCUGAAGAGGAAGGAGGGCCUCCCGCGGCCUGCGCCCUCCGAGGACGCCCGGGAGCCGGCGGCCGCCGACGGGCCUUGGUCCCCGCAGGCGAGGAAGGUGGCCGGCUCCGCUCACUCGCCGUCGGAGGGGCCCGCCCUGCAAACUCUGUGUCUGAACAGAUCCUCUGUGGACUUCAGCCCCAGCCCAGAGCGAGCUGCUGUGGCUUCGAGUCAUUCUUUCUUGGGAACAUUUGGAAAGCCUCUGAGGAGACCUCCCCUUGAUGCCUUUUCAAGCCUUGCUCAGCCAUCAGAUUGUCAGCCAAGAACCUUUCACUUGAAAGCUCCUUCUUCCCUGGGCUUGGACUCUGAAUCAGAGGAAGAUGGGGAAGAAAGGACAGAUUUUCAGCAAGAAAAUCACACAUGUGCCUAUAAACAGACCUUGGAAAACCACAGGACUCCACAUUUUCAGUCUUCAGACUUGAACACAUAGACGGAACGGAACCCAAGACGAGCUCUAACGUACUACCUCAUGUGGACUUUAUUUAAAAGAGAGAACCCUAUGUUUUUAAAUGGAGUUAUGAAUUUUAAAAUGGUAAAAUGUCUUAUUUAUACUGAUGGGCCAAAAUUACAAAAAGAUAUAAAAUUUUAUACUGGGAGUAACUUUCAUAUAAGAAUACCUUUUAAAACUAUAACUUUGUUUAAUGCAAAAAAAAAGUAUCUUAUGUAAAUUAACGGUAUAAAUCCAUGACUAUUUUAUGUAUUUUUAUAAUGCCAGAUUUCUUUUUAUUGAAGGUGAAUACUAAAGCAUUUUAAAUAAUACCUGUCUUUCACCAUUUUCUUUUGCACAUUGCAUUUAAUAAACCGUGUCAGUUCGAUCCCCAGUCCCAUCUACACAAUAGCGAUUUGUCUUGCUUUCAACACUUUGUGGACUUCCAUAGCAUCAUGCCUUAAGUGGAAGAAAAUUAUAUUCAGCACAUAAAAAUAUGAGCAAGAACAUGACCACUUCGCCUACCUCCCAGAGUUCUAAUGCAAAUAUAAAUCAAAUUCACAUAUGUGAAAGUAUGUUAUAAAUGGGAAGGAGCUACAAAGACUUGAGGUACAUUCCAUGUACCUAAUUCUCUCUGACUCCACACACAAAAAGGGAUUUGUUGUUACAGUUUGGGGGAACUUGUACACCCCAAACCACCAUUGUUUAAAAUCACUGCUUACGCCGUGUUUCCUGAAUUACAGCAAUGCCUGUGUGUUCUAAUGUCGUGUGCUUUUCCAAAUAGUUCCCAUUCAUUUCCCUUUCUUUAUAACAACAGGAUGGCUUAUUGCACAUUUCUGAAGUUUAAAUGGUUAGAGCAAAGGUAGGUCUUCCUCCACUGGUCCAGGCGUAAUGGGGUAUCGGUAGAAUUUUUGGCUGUUCCUGAUUUUGUGCCGUGAGCAGUUCUUAAGCAGAAGAUACUUCUAAACUAUUCUGCAACAUUCUGAGAAUUCAAAUAUUUUCCUAAUUUGGUCAUCACAGCUGUACCUGUUAAAAGCUAAGUAUAAAAUCUGUUAAACAUGUAAAUUUAAAAUACUUGUUUUGAACAGCAUUUAAGGGAAAAUCUGGCAUAAAUACAGUCGGUAUUUUCAAAACUAAGUGACUUAGACUGAAGUAAUUGAACGUUGAAAAAGCUUAUUAAGUUUCAUAAUUCAGGUGACGAAACGGCACUUUUUUCUUUAGUGAGUCCUUUUCAUAUGCCCAGUUUUAAAAAAAGCUUUUGCUCAAGAUCAGUUGGCACAAAAGGAGUUAAUACAGCAUAUUAAGCUUUAAAAUCUAACUCACUGAAGUUGUGAAUUUAGGCCAUGUCAGUUCUUUGAACUAAAUUGGAGGCAGCUAUUUAAGAGCAACAUUUCUUCUCAGAGGAUAUCUUGGGGAGCAGUUUUCCUGCUUAGCGAGUGCAGAGCUUUGUUGUUUGCAAGCCAGAAGCCUGGAACUCAGAUUGCUGUAAGAUUUGGCUCCUGUAAUUUAGACAACGGUCUAAGCCAGGAAGUUGAUCUUUCCCUAGACCACCAGUGACUCAGAGCAGAGAAGUGAUUUUGUAUGCCUUGGCUUUACCAAAUUGCCAGACUUUCGAAAUCUUAUUGUUAAUUUGUCUUCAUUAUUGCCAGAUGGGAUGCAAGCAUUGAUAGGGGUCUAUUCAAUAAUUAUGAACUUCUUUAAGAGGAUGUCAUUUUUCCAGACAUAACAAAGGUUUAAAUCACUGACACCUGAAAUUCAAAAACGAGAUUCACUCUCCAUCAAUAUGAUUCCCCUGCUUAUGUGCUGGAAAUUAUGGAUUACAUAUAAUCUUAGCUGUCUAGAACAGGAGGAGGAACUCAAUUUCUCUGACAUUUGUAUGAAAAGAAUAUAAUUUUGAGACAGCAUGCUGAAUUCAAAUGAGUCUAGUAGAUAUUAAGCUACCCUAAAAUAGCAUAAAUUUAAAGGGAGAAUGAAGAAAAAUGUCAGAUUACUUGGUUUAUUUAUGAGGAGGGAUGCUUAAAAGCCUCAGUUUCAUCAUUUUAUGCUUUCUGGUACAAGGCUGGAUCCUGUACAACUAAAGAUGUUCACAAAUUUAGUUUUUUUUUCCUUAAUUCCACUAUUGAUGCUAGUAAGA